GAGGGGUACCUGAGUUCUUGGCUGGUGAACAGAUGCCUGUGUGGGUAGCCUAAUCUGUGGUUGCUCGCCCCUCAACCUUACCAUGAGGCUAGAAAUCGACUUUGAGGAAAUCUGACACCAAUAAGCGGGUCUGGAGAUAGCUCCUACGCUAGCUCCUUGGUUUACGUGAUUUCUUCGCGGACCUCAGACUAGUGGCUGCCUCCUUUUGCUCCACACUUUAGCCAAUUCGUUUUCACCCUCGGCAGCCCCGCCCACCCUCGUUAUGUAUGACCGGGCUCCGCGUUUGCUCAGGUUGGCUGAAGGUGGCAGCACUGAGGAGCAUGUGGGUCCUGGAUCCUACCAGGUACCUUCCCUGAAGCGGCAGGCAACAGGUGGCUGUGCACCAUUUCUUUCUUCAAGUACCAGAGAAAGUACUUUUACUAUUGCCUCUGACACUGAGAAAGCUGUUCCAGGUCCAGGGCACUAUAAUGUUUCCAAAGCCCAGUAUAAUAUAAAAGGAGGUGGUAGUCUACAAAACCGAGAGAAGCGUUUUAAGAAAUUUAUUUCAGAUAAUCCAGGACCUGCAAGCUAUGAUCAGUCUUACCCUGGAACAUUAAAUAUCCUGAACAGAAAGAAAAUUUCAAGAGCAUCUACAAUUAACAGAAGCAUUGAUGUUCCUUCAAUUCCUUCUUGUGGGCAGUCAUAUGGUUAUAAUAUUAAUGAGGAUGGCAGUAUUAUAAAACGCUUUCCACCUGCUAAUGACAACACACUAGGGCCAGCAUACUACAAACCUCAAUUUGGUGUUUCCAAUGCAACUUUGAAAUACAAAGGUAUACAUUUUGGCAACUCUACAGGGAGAUUAGAGUUACCUAAAAUAUCUGGUCCUGGCCCUGGACAAUAUGAUAUAAUCCAGGAAAAGACAUUACAUUGUGAAAAUAUUAAUAUUAAGAAAGAUCAACAGCAAAAUUAUUGUUCAUUUAGUCCAAGAUUUUAUGAAGUAAUAAUAUUGCAGGAGGAAAAAAAGGGAGUACCAGGGCCUGGAAGAUAUGACAUUAAAAGUCAAUUUCAGAAGACUGAAAGUGUGACACCGAAUGUAAAUGAUACAUCUCCUGCUUUUCUUUCUCAAUCCCAGAGAUUUGUACCUAUGAAAUCAAUCACCCCAGCUCCUGGCACAUACAAUGAAACUAGAACUGCUCUCAAGUACUCAAAGAAAACAGGACAGAAAAGUACCCCAUUUGGUCAAAGAGCUGCCCGUUUCACACAGGACUCCAAGGCAGAGGAAAUGCCAGGUCCUGGGUUUUAUAAUAUUCUAAACAAUACUAUAAUUGCCAGUGUCUGCUCCAAGAAACAAAAGAAAAGUGCAUUUGGUUCUUCUGUUCCUCGAGCCUUGUUCCUGGUUCAGGGAGAAGCUUACACUACUCCUGGGCCUUCUGAUUACCAGGUUGGUGGAAUUUUUGAUGAAUUACCUAACUUGACUAGCCAAUAUGCUGCCUUCUUGUCAAGAACAGAAAGAACUACUAAAGUAUCAGAUACGGUUAUUCCAGCACCAGGCAGCUAUGAUGUUCAAAAAUCAUAUGAGAUGUCUCAAGUUAAACAUAAAUACAUGCCACCUCGUAGUUUGGUGGCUAAAAGAAAACAUGCCUCAUUUCUUAGUGCAACUCCUAGGUGCCUAGGAAAAACGACUGAUGGCCCGGGGCCUGCAGCAUACAAUCCUGUUUUAAGGAGAUCUUGCCCCAUACCCUUAUUUGUUAAAGCAUCAAAAAGGUUUGAAGAUACCAAAGAGAUUACUCCUGGACCAACAUCAUAUGAGCUCAGUCCAUUUCUACGACAUUCUGUCCUGAAGAGAACAUUUAAUGUCACUCUGCCAAAUUCUUUCCUAAGAGAGAAAAUUCCCCUAAAACAGAACAAAAAUCCAAAAAAAGAACAAACAGGAAGCAAAAUUGAAACUUCUAAAUGAUAUAUUCUGAAGGUAAUAUCUAUUAAUAUAAAGGUAAGCUGACAGUUCUCUUACAAAGAAGUACUUCCAGUUUGAUGAUGUCCUCCAUCAGCUGUUCAAAGGACAUAAUUGCUCUUCUAACC